GCGGCGCUGCGCACGGGCUGGCGCGAGGCGGCGGGGCCGGGACGCGGCGCGCGCUCCGUGUCCCCGUGUCCGCGGUCGGCGGUGCCGCGGUCUUCCCGUCGGGAUCCCGGCAUGAGCCGUGUCUGGCAGGCUCUCCGCGCUCUGCGGCUGCGGCUCGUGGGGCCUGCCAAGGAGCUGGUGGGCACCGACCAGUUUGGCAACAAGUACUAUCGGGUGCCCAAGUACGAGAGCCGCGCAGGGCAGAUUAUACCGGAAAGAAGAUUUGUAGAAGCAGUAAAUCGUGAAGCAUACCAGUAUCAAACUGGUGACUUUCCAGCAGAAUGGGAAGCAUGGAUAAGAAAAAAGAGAGAAGAUCCACCCACAAUUGAGGAGAUUCUUAGGAAUGAAAAUUAUAGAGAAGAAAUGAAGCAGAAAGUCAAGGAUGUAUCUGAAAAGGAUAAGCUGCUUCAGGCCAAGGAGUAUGAGGAAGGACUUGUUGCUGAACCAGGUCAUACUCAGGUUAAAGGCCAUGCAUCUGCUCCUUACUAUGGAAAGAAGGAGCCCUCACAAGACCCCACGAGCACUGCAAAUAUCUUCCAGCCAGUAUCCAAAUAACAAUUUAGUGCAUCACAACAACCAUGAACCCACUGCUGGACAACAUGUUCAGAAGGAUGCUGUGAGGGGCAGCAUCAGAAGGUUUAAUCCAAAGUCAAGAAUUCUUAAUCCUUCCUAAAUCCAGGAAAACUGCAUCCAUAUCCUUUAUUUCAACCACUAGAGAGGUAACUUUGUCAAACAGGACUUCUGUGAAACUUCAUUGACUCUGCCUGAUGUUUGCAUUAUUCUUCAAGUGCCUUUCAACUGCAGCCAGUGUGGUGAUCUCCAUACUGUUUCCAGGUACUGAGAUUAUUGUACCAAUAGGUCUUCCUGGAUCUUCCCUCAUGCCCUUUUGGUAAAUUGACAUAACGUUGGCUAGCUUCCAGUCCAGGACCCCCAAAGACUCCAAGAUCUUUGGUAUCUGUACAUGUAUCUCUGUACUUGUGUUACUCAGCCAUUUAUGUGAGCAUUAAAACUAAGAGAAUUUAUGGGUCCCUGUUUGGUCUGUAGUUUGUAAAUCUUUGCAGAAUAUAACAAUAUCAAUUUAUUAGAUCUUAGGUACUGUUCUUAGGGACUGUUUCUGAGAUGUUGUAUCUAAUAGUAUCAUGAUAAAAAGGUUCUGCAUGUUGUAUAGCUAAGUUAAAAGUAAGUGGAUAUUACGUAAGUAUAUCCUAUUUCUGGUAAAAUUGCGUAUUCGGCUAGAGGGGACACAGUUACAUUUCUGAUGUCUGAAUGUCAAAUUCAGAUACAUCUUCCAAAAUAAGCACUGACUUAGUCAGCAGCUAUAUAUAACCACUACAAAAUUAAUUUCUCGUUCCAGUCUUUCACAUAGAUCUGUCUGCCUUUCAAUGUUUUCUCUGCCUUAUUGCUUUAAAAAGGAAGAGUACCUGAUUUAUUGUGGCAGGGAAGAAAAAAAAGGCAGGCAUUCUGAAUUCACUUUUCCUAGAAAACAUCUUACGUAAUUCUUCUGUCCUUCUCUCCUCCUAACAGUUCGUGAAGCUAUUCACUGGUUAUAUUGGCAAAGUAUUAGAAGUCUUAUACAUAAUAAUUUUGCUCAUUUUAAGAUCUGUGAAAACUAGCCCAGCCUACCACCUUGACUGAAAGCCGCAGUGCAUCUUUAAUAGGAAUGAGGAGGUUAUGGGAAUACUACCAGAUGGGGAGGCUUCAUUUGUGGCUUUCACUUUACCAAAUUCAGAAUAAUUCAACCAUGAGGCCCUGGUAGAUCAGGAUACUUGUUUUGGUUUCCUGAAUUCAUCAGCUGUGGUACCUUAGGUAGUCAAAGAGAGAACAGAAAUUUCAGAAUUAACUACAACUUGCACAAACCUUCACAACCUUAGUACACCAUUAGAGAACUUUAAAAGACCACAUUAAGCAUGUUUUAUGUUAACCAUAGUUUUGUCACUGAAUUGCUACUUUGCAAACCUGCACUUUCUUUUACAUCUAAUCUAGGAUUCCUUCACAUGGCCCUGUUCUGUUAUUUAUAGUUAUUUAUGUGCCUGUGUGUAUUUUAAGACAGUCAUUAAUUUUGUAUCACUCAAGGAAGGAUACACUGAUCAAAGAUCACAAUGAGGGAGUGGGCAGGGAAAUGGAAACAGCACUCCAAAAACCCAGAAAUAAUAAAAUAAGAUACAAUGCUGAGAAUGCAGUACAGGCAUGGAAAACGGGAGAGUUACUUGCAUGAAAGCAAAGCCUUUCUCACACCAGCAAUGCAGCACUGCAAAAUACUUUUUCACACCAGCACUGAAGGGUCUGUGAAGUGUUUGAUUGUGUGUGGUGAAGACAAGCUUUGAGUAAAUGUAUUCAUUUCACUCAGAUGUGCUGACAUGUAUCAGUAGUCUGGAAUCUUUCUGCAUAAGGAAGCUGCUAAAUAUUUCCCUCAAUGUAAUCUCUAGCUACCCUUCUCUCAUUUGUACUCUUACAUUUGUACAGUCUGAGGAUAAACUAGUUCCCUGAAGCUAGGUUUUUUUCCUACAUACAGCAUGAAUUCUCCAGUAAUCCUUAUGUGUACUUACUAGUGUGCUGAGCAUGGCAUAGUCCACUUGCUGAAUAUCUCUGUUUCUAGAAGAGCUAAUUGGAAUUCUUGUGCCAUAGCAUGAUGGUGGGGUUUUUUAGGAGUUUUGUAAAGUAAAAAGACAGUUUAUUUUUUUUCUCUAGUCUGUUGAAUAGCUAAGCUGUGAAGGCUUUAUUGGCAGUUUUUUGACCAUGUAUGAUAUAUUCACAGUAUGUGCCAGCCAAUAAAAAUUAUGUUUUUCACUACUGUACUUAAGCCAACAAAAAUCCUUUGCAGCACUGGGGAUUAAGGAUUCUUUUUCUGCUACAAAUCUUUAAGAAUGUUGGUGUUUCACAUUGAAGUGGAUUUGCAGUCUAUCUUUAUUCUGUAAAUUGCAUGAUCAACGCCAAGUAUUUGUAAUUGGCUAUCAUUCUCAACAGUUAGGUCUAAAUAUCCAAGAUGAAAGUGGUGAAAAUCAUGAUUAAUACUACUGCUGUACUAAAUUAACUUCAAACAACCCUUACAAAUUGUCUACUCCUAUAUAUAUUCAAGGACAGGACAUGUUGGGACAGUAGAUGACCCAAAGAUUAAUAUGCUGCAUGCUUUUGUAUCUUAAGAAGGUAACAUACUGUGUACUUACUAUGUACAUAUUGUGUCUAAUAGUUGAUUGAAGAAUGAUCAAAUGCUUCUGUGCUCUAGGUGGGCUCAUUUAUGUAGUAGCAUUGUUUUUACUACUUUUGUAAUGAAUAAUGUAACUGAAGAACUAAAGUGUAUCAUGCCUUACUCUAGCCUUCAUUUGUUCCUAUUGUAGGUGUUAUUGUAGUUUAAAAAGGAAAAAGAGUUAUCCAAAUUCUUUUGGAUAGAAAGAAAGUAGAAAAAAUAGAAGCCAUUCAAAUGGUACAGAUCUUUUACUCUCCUGGAUCAUUACUGUAUUCUGUACGGUCAUGACUGAUGCAGGUAUUAACUGACUUCUAGAGUUGUGGAUUAUAUUAAAGGGAAGGAGAGGGGAAAAAAUCAUUAUCAAUACAGCUUUAUAAAUUGUCAGAUCUUUUCCCAGAGGUAGUUUAGUCUAGCAGGUCAGACAAGAAAUGGGAAUCACAGGAAAAUAUAGCAGCUGUGACAAUAGGCCUUGGCUAAUACCAGAAAAUUUUAGCCAUCUCCACAAAAGCCUCAUCUCCAUUUCAACAAAGUUAAAAAGCACUGGAGAAAGAUUGGUAGAUCUAAACAGUAAUUCAGGUCCUUCACAUUCUCUGAAGCUGCCUGCUUAUGCUCACAGACAAUGGAAGGCCCUAAGGACUGGGGAUUAAACACCUCAGUGAAAUGCCAAAUUAAAGUGCAAGAAACAGAAACCAAACAGCGUUAUCUUCCAGUGAAUCAACUCCAUGUAUAGUAGGUGCUAAUAUUUAUUCACCUUCUUAAAAUAAUUUGAGGGUUUUGAAUAAAAGAAGCACGGUUAGCAUAACUAUUAGUUCAACUUCUAGGAUUCAGGUUUUCCUUGAUUUUGUACAAGCGUGAGUUUAAUAAGCAACUUAUGUCUGUUACAAAGCUAUGUGCAAGUAAGGUUUUUAAAUACAACUUUUCAAGUUCAGGGAGUAGGGUUUCAUUUCUAAAAUUUCUUGUAUUUAUGUUUUUACCCUAUUCCUGUUUACAGAUGUUGGUAUUUCUAGUGUGCAGAGAGACAUCUCAAAACUGUACAACUGAGUUAAGUUUUGUGGCUUCUUCAGCAGUCAAGACAAAAUUGAGCAGAAGAAUUGACAUUUAAGUCUUAAGUGACGUCCUGUUUUAACUUGACUGACGUACACUCUAAGAUAAAACACCUAGAGUGUACAUAAGACCUUUGUAUGUUCUGAGAACUAGAGAAUGAGGUUCUGAGAACUAGAGAACAAGAAGCCACACUUCUGUGUAACCAACACAGUUAUUGUUUUCAUAGUUUCUUUCCAAGAGCAGUAAGAAGUAACAAUAUUGAUUCAUUGAGUGUUACAGCUGCUUUCUGCAGGUCACACUGUCCCUAACUAGAGCUGAAAAAAUAUCCCAGGGUAGUGUCUGCAACAACCUCUUUUCUUGAAUCAUCACGAUCUGCGUAUUUCAUAAGAAUGAGUUCCUGAUACUUCAGUAAUAGUAAUAAUUGUACUGCUUAUGGUUUCAGUGGUGAGCUUGAGCCUUCAGCAGCUAAA